AGGGCGCGUCCCGCCGCCGGUGGGCUGGGCCGGGCUGUGCCGGCGGCAGCGCGGCUGCCAGCGAGGAGGCGGCGGGGAUGGCUCCGCCGGCGACCAGCGGGAUCCCGCCGGUUGGUCUGUCGCUGGGCCCGACGGCCGCAUGGCUGGGGAACCGCUCCGAUCUCGGUGAUGUACAGGCCUUGGCAAGCCAUGAUUUACCGACAACUACUGUGACAACUGGCAAUAAUAACAAGCCUGAGCACCUAGAGUAUGUUGCCUUUGUAUUGGUGCCUGUGUUCUUCAUCAUGGGUCUCUUGGGGAUCCUCAUCUGUCACAUCCUUAAGAAAAAAGGGUAUCGUUGUACAACAGAGGCUGAAGAGGUAGAGGAAGAGGAAAAGCCUGAUGAAAAAAUAGAACUGAAUGAAACUGCGCAUGAGAAUAGUGACACUGUAGGACAAAUUAUUAACUACAUUAUGAAAAACGAAGCAAAUGCUGAUGUGUUAAAGGCCAUGGUAGCAGAUAGCAGUGUCUUUGAACCUGAAAGCCCCAUGUCUCCUAACAGUCCUGGAAGUCCAACAAGUCCAGGGUCUCCUUUGUCACCUGGCGCUGCUCCACUUAAACACAACUGCAAAGGCCAUCACUUACAUACUGUUGGAGGAGUAAUAGAGAAGGAUGUUUGUUCUCGCUGUAGCCACAAACGAUGGCAUCAUAUAAAACCAGCUCACAAAUCCAAGGAGCACAGGAGAAGUCGCCUUGGGGAGGUUACAGUACUUUCUGUGGGAAGGUUUAGAGUCACGAAAGUGGAGCACAAAUCUAAUUCCAAAGAACGGAAAAGCUUGAUGUCUGUUACUGGGGUGGAGGGCCUCAAUGGUGACAUGCCUGCCACGCCUGUGAAACAGGAAGCAAAAGAAGCACCUGCCACACCUGUGAAAGAGGGGAUGCAAGAAAGGAGAAGCUCAGAGUGAACUGCAGGUGGAACUUCUAAAAGAAGUUUGUCAAGUAGCACUUUGGAGAAAACAGAGAACUCCCAAGAAAUGCGUUCUUAUUUAAGGAAAUGUGUUUAUGGCACUGUAGCAUUUUACAAGUUUUGUGAUGGCAUCCGUGCAAGGUUAAAUACUUACUGAUUUUUAUUGGUCACAAAAUACUAUGAUUUACACAUACGUACUGUUUCUCAGUGUGGACCUCGUACCAAAAAUUGAGCAUCUACAAAAGAAAAGACAUGUUUAAGGUUUUGGACAGGGAAGGUAUAAAACCUUACCAGAAAAUUUUUUUCUUCAUACUUAGACAAGUAUUUUCUUUUAAUGAGUUCAUUAUUACAUGUAGUCUGAUUGCUCUGUGGAUAAACUGUGUUCAUCCCUCCGGUCCAUCUGGAUUUUUUCUCUCUGUUCUUCCCUUCCGGGGCUCACAAGUACUCUCUGAAGAUGAAAAUCAGGCUGCAGAAGGUGAAAAUACUCUUUUAAUCUAAAUUCUAGUAGCCAAGCAAAACACACAAGGAAAUAAACGUUUCCAGUCAGAUCUGCAUGUGUGCAGACAUGCAGAAGUAUGUAAGCCUUCUGGUGCUUUCACAGUACAGAGUGGCUUAGCUAGACACAAAUGUUAAAGGAUACUGUUGUCCUUAUUCCCAUUACCUUAAUAACUAUUUAUCAUUAGGCUAAAGAGUGUCUUCUAUGCACUUGAUUGAGCUUUGGAAAAGUCACUUUAAGACCAUUUGUUCUCCAGUUUUCUUGUAACUACUUAGUCGUAUUUGCAGAUGGCCUAACAGCUUUGCCUUUCUCUUUUGUUUUUACCCACAGGUUCCUUAUUAAGCUAAGGCAACAUAUUUGAACCGCUAGAUAAAAGAUAUGGAAUAUUUGUCAUUAAAAAUUAAUGGAGUAUGUACUGAAGUACUUCAGAGUGGCUUCAGAGGGUAGCAGUUCUCACUGGCAUCGAAAGCCAUUGUUUCACUGCCUUAAUAUUUCGAGUGUGAUCUACUGCUUAAAACUACCAGAGACGGUUUUGCGAUGUUAUUUUUAUGUCUACUUAUUAUGACCUUUGCAAUAGCAUCAUUUUAUUUUGGUGAGGCAGGGAAAAGGGACCUUUGCAAUACUUCAGCAAAUUUUGCUAUGUGAAAGAAACUGAAAAAUAACAUUUUCUCCAAGUGCCUAAGAAUAUAAGCUGUAGGGUAAGACAGCGUAGUAGAGAUUAUGCAUGUUCUGAGAACUAUACAUUAAUUUAAUCUAAUUUAUGAACUCUGAAGAUCAGUGCUUCUUUUGAAAUUGAUUUGUUUUAAAUUGCUUUCAGUCCUUUUUGUCCAAGAGUUCUGAACUGUGUUUCUCUUUCAAAUCUGAGAAUCUUCAUCAACUUAUGUGAUGUUAACAAUCAAUGUGUACAGAUAUUAAAAAUAAGUGUUCAUUUUUUUAACCAUAUUAGCUACUCCCACAUGUUCUCGUGUCAGAGAACUUUGAGUUUAUUUGAUGGUUGCUGGGAAGUAUGUGUUGUGACUGCUUUCCUUUGUCUUCUAUCAAUUAGAUGUCGAUAAACCCAAAUAGAGAACAGCUUGGGUUGGAGGGGGUCUUAAGUUCUCUAGUUCUGCCUCCCCCUGCCCCCCCUGCCCUUGGGUGGGUUUACUGCUUGCUUGGUCUGAAUGUUUCUCACAGACACCAUAUUUGGUAGGGGGGAGGAACAAACAAACAAACCAACAAACAAACCCAACCAAGUUCCUGAAAAGAAAUGAUGGUUUAUUGUGCCUUUUAAAAUUGAUAUUUUUUAGAGAGAACUGCUCAUUCUUGAGUACCUCAAAUAACUCUGACCAGGACUGGUACUUGAGUGUUUAGCAUCCUUGCUGUCAUUAAUAAAGUAUGGUUUAUGAAAUCUCUUUGCUAUUUAACAAACUAUGACACUCGCCUUAUAGGCAUAUACUUGAUUCUUUUUUUUCCUUCUUCAAACUUGAUUUCAAUAAAAAGCUAUUUAUUCUAGAAGAGUUUAAUUAGUGUCGGUUAUAGUAGUUAACUUUCAAUUUCCAAGAGAUUGUAGAGCUACGAAUAUGAAAUGUUAUUGGAAAAAAAGAGUAUUGGGCAAAGCCAAGCGGUUUUAAACAGUUCUCAAAAAGAAGAUGCACAGACUGUCUCAAAAGCUUUAAAAAAAAAAAGCUUUUAAUGUUCUGGUAUUGUGUUUCAAUACACGGUGGGCAAGUAUUGCGAGGUAACACGCUGAAAGAAUUCAAAAGAAGCUUAAACAAAAAUAUCCUAUUUUUUUACUUAAUUUAAAAGUACUUCCUAUUUUGAUUCCAUUUGAAUUAUGUAGAAUACAAUUGAAAUGUGUUGGGUAUGUAAAGCAUUGUUUGCCUGCAUACAUACUUACAUAAGGUAUUGUAAGACCUCGUAUGUGCAAGAACUGAAUUUGUACAUUGCUUCUUCAGUAGGAAGAUUUAGAAGUGGUGCCUGUUUUUAUUGCCUUUAACACUACACUUUGCAGUUUUGUAGUGAUAUGGACAUUGCCAUAUUAGUCAGCCUUUCUUAAAUUUGCAUAUCAGAUGUAUUUUUAACAAAGUAGUUUAUAUACAACUUUUGUACUACCAAGCAGAUAAUAAAACAUUGAUUCUUAAACU